CGUUGUCUGUCAUGUACUGCAUAUUAUUGUUGAUUAUCGUCCAAUAAAAUACAUUAAUUGAAAGAGUCCAUUUCAUCACAUCUUUUCUAACCUUGAAAAUUUAUCAGUGAGUAAUUCUGAGGUAUUUUAGAUGUAAAGUAAAUAAAAAUGUCAAAAGCGAAUUCCGAUACUCCUAAUGGCGAAUCUGCUGUGGUUACCGAAGAAAUCGCUGAAAAACGCGUUGGUUGCGCUCAUUACAAACGAAGAGCUAAGUUUGUGACACCAUGUUGCAACAAGUUCUACAUGUGCCGAUACUGCCAUGAUGAGAAAGAAGAACACUAUUUCAACAGGAAGUCGGUUACGGAGCUGAUAUGCACAGAGUGUGACACUCGGCAGAAGGUCCAAGCAGAAUGUGUAAACUGCGGAGUGAGAUUUGGCAAUUAUACAUGCCUCAUAUGCAACUUGUUCGACGAUGAAGAUAAGAAGCAGUACCACUGUGAUGGAUGCGGUAUCUGUCGUGUGGGAGGUCGUGACAAGUUCUUUCAUUGCGAACGCUGUAACAUGUGCCUGCCUAUGCAGUUGCAGAGAGUUGGUCAUAGGUGCGUUGAGAAUGUAUCCCGAUCCAACUGUCCAGUGUGUCUGGAAGAUAUACACACGUCUCGCAUACCCUGCCACAUCCCGGACUGUGGACACUUGUUACACCGACCUUGCUUCGAACAGAUGCUCAAGUCUGGACACUAUGCCUGUCCUACUUGCCAGACUAGCAUGAUUGAUAUGACUAAUUUGUGGAACUACCUUGACUCUGAGGUAGCAGCGACUCCAAUGCCACCGGAGUAUGCCGACUACAAGACAACUAUACUGUGCAAGGAUUGUCACAAGCUAUCAACAGUAAAGUUCCACGUGGUCGGACUGAAGUGUCAACACUGCGGUGGCUACAACACGUGUCAAACUAACGGAUUCCACAAGGACAGUGGAACUUCUGAACAAUGCGAAUCUGCAUCUUCAACAUCCAGUUCGACAUCAACUUCAACCAGUAGAAGUGGUUCAUCAUUUGAACCUCAAGAAGAGAGAACCGAUGAACUACCUCGCGCUAACCCUCUAGAUGAACCACCACAGGCCUGACCAAGACCGGACCAGACCAGUCUGAACCAAGCCUGACCAUAUUCAGACCUGUUGUAUGUAGUAUACCGAGACCAGACCAUACUAAGCAGCCUUGAACAUACUCAGACCAACACUGCACUAUGCCAAGAACAAUUUCUACUACAUUUUCUACUAAACUAGUCAAAUCAGAUUAAUCAGGCGUCAUUCUUCGUAUAAUGAUACGAAGAUCAAUCCACUACCAAGACCAGAACAGAGUCAUAUAAGGCUUACCCAUACCAACCCUUACUACUGUGAGUUGACCAGACUAAUCUGACUUGAUUUUUUCAGUUUAGUUUGAAGGUCUACUAAUAUUAAAAACAUACCCUAAAAUAUAUCUGCUUUAACUUCAAAUGCUUCAUUUUAUAAUAAAUUUGUUAGUAUUAAUUUAUGAUUAAUAAAAUAUUUAAAUCAAACCACUCUACGUCCAAGUAACAUCGAGACGCUCAUUUUAAAAAAUAAUAAUAAUAUUAAAAUCCGUCAUAAUAGCAAUAAUACUAUAAAUUAGGUAGAUUAUAGCACUUUGUGAUAAAAACGAUAAUAUUUAUUGGACUUGUAGCGAGAAUUCCAUUUUAAGAAAGAAAAGUAGAGAAUAGGGCACUAAAAAUAAAGGGUAUUAAAGUUUAUAUAUAGGGGGUGACAUUUUGUUUGACACCACAUUUACUUUUUUAAAUUAUAGUUGUGAAUAAUUUUCGAUAAUCCAAAUAUUUAUAAACAACGCGUAAUAACAACACAAUAUUAAAAUCAAGCGAUAAUUAGUUACUGUUGAAUUUUAGACUUUAUUUAACACUUUUACGUUACAAGCCCAAUCAAAAAUAUUAUAAAAUAAGUUUGCACAUAAUGCUUUUAAAUUUAAUAAACUUGAUAGUAAUAUUUAGGUAACAACACAGUUGUAACAAAAAAAAAAAUAGUCAUUGCAAAAUAAAAAAAUAUACACCUUAUUUUGUCUUUUAAAUUGAAAUUUAUAAGAAAACUGAAAUAUGUUUUUUAUUUCAAAUAUCUUAGAAGUCAAGUAGUCACUAUUGUUUUAAAUGUCUAAAAAUUAAUCAUAUUUUGUAAAUAAUAUUGUAAUCGUAAUGUAAUGAAAGUCUUCGUAAGUACAUAUGUAUACAGCGGUUCACAUUUUUGAUACAUUAUUAUCGAUCAGAUUUCAAUAAAAUAUUGAAUGGAUUUUAGUGAAAUUAAAUUUUAUACAGAGAGGCAUCAAAUUAAACCACAGACACGAUAUACUAUUUCUAAGCUAUAUCUAUCUAUCUAUAUAUUAAUACG